CCCUCAAAGUUUCUUUCUUUUGUCAAUUCGCGACGCUUCUCUUGUCUUCCUCACAGCACGACCUUUGGGUUUAGGGUUUUAGGGUAAAGGGAAAAUUUGAUUCAAAAUCAGAUUUUAGUUUUCACUUUCAACCCUCGUUCUCUCGACUUUCGCUCCGCCUCCUCUCACCUCGUUCGUGCUCCCUACCUCAGUUCUCUGUCUCACUCACAUCCGUCCCUCUCACUGCCUCUGGCUUUCCAUAAAGCUAAGCAGGCCCCAGAAACCUCCGUCCUAAAGCCUUCCUCAAGUCCUGGACAAAGAUGAGACCUUUGGAUGAGACUGAGACCACAGCAGUGUUCGAAAAGCUUUUCAAGUUCACAGGCAACAACCUCAAAAACAUCGUCGAGAACCCUUCUCAUGAAGGCCCAGACCCAGAUUCAGGCCGUUAUUGCUUUCGCCUCCACAAGAACAAGGUGUACUAUGUUAGCGAAUCACUAGUAAAGCGUGCUACAAAUAUAGCUCGGACUCAGUUAGUCUCUCUGGGCACUUGUAUCGGUAGGUUUACUCAUGGUGGUAGUUUCCACUUAACAGUUCAGUGCUUGAGUUUAGUGGCCUCAAAUGCUAAACACAAGGUCUGGCUCAAACCUACCUCUGAGAUGUCGUUCUUGUACGGAAACCAUGUCUUGAAAGGUGGUUUGGGGAGGAUUACAGAGAAUAUUGUGCCAGGUGAUGGCGUGGUGGUGUUUUCGAUGUCAGAUGUUCCUUUGGGUUUCGGGAUUGCAGCCAAGUCUACUCAGGAUUGUAGGAAGUUGGAUCCCAAUGGAAUUGUGGUGCUUCACCAGACAGAUAUUGGAGAGUACUUGAGGAUGGAGGAUGAUCUUUGAAUAAUUGGACGUGAUUUGGGUGGUUUUGAUAGAUAUUUGUGUGGGUCAUGUAAAGCGGAUCUAUUUGCUUUUGAUCAAUCUGAGCUUUUAAGUCUUUUGGGAUGUGGAUGAUUUUCCUGAAUAUUAUUUCCGUAAGUGCUUGUGACUUUUGGUAUUAACUCUUGAUUAUAUGGAACUUCUUCCAUCUGGUUUUUA